CAAGUGGGUCUGCGAGAGGUGAAAACUGAAAACAGUUGUUUACUAUCUCUGUUAGAGUGCCUCAUGUUUAAAAUCAUUGGAUGCCUUGAAAAAUGUGCCCGGGAAUUUUAAAGUACAGGUAGCUGUGUAUAGUGUGGAGUAGAAUGAGUUGAAAUGAGGACACGAUAUUUCAAUUAAUGCAGGUGCAUAUAUACAUGGAGGCCCACACAAAACAAUCACGAUUUACGACACAGGAGGCCGAUAAAAGUAUUCAGUAACAAUGUCACAGGCAACAGUGGAUAAUUUUGUUACAGUCGUAUCGGUUGGACCGAGAGACAAGCCAGAGAGCAAUGAAAACAUAAAUUUCGAUUCGACUGGAUCGGGAUAUGUAACAGUGUUAACCAUUGGCGACGACGAAAAUCAAAAGGAUAUCAAAGAGGUGACUGAAGAAGUGAUAGUGUACCGUUUACCCGGAGAAAGACUUGGAUUUGGACUUAAAUUCGAAGGAGGUACGAAAGCGACUGAAUUUGUUAAGAGACUUUUUAUUCAAUCUUGUGCUGCUGAUAGUCCUGCAUCAAGAGUAAAAAGUUCAUGGGAUAAAUUAACGGAAGGAGAUGAAAUUCUUGAAAUUGACUCCGUCGCAGUUAAUACUAUGACUAGAAUAGAUUGCGUUAGAUGUUUAAAGGAUUCAAAUGUAGCCAUAAAACUUCUAGUUCGACAUACAUAUGGCCAGGAAAUUAAAAAACAGGAAACUUCACCCCUAAUUAUUAGUGCCGAGGAAAAAAGGGUUCCCCCUCCUCCACCACCAGUACCUCCACGGAAGAUAUCAAGAAAACUACUAAAGAACCUAAAUAAUAAUGUCCCAAAAGAACAAGUGGACAGUGCCGUUGGAAAUAACGUUGCAAAUGUUAGAUCUACUGAAACUAGUAAACAAAAGAAGUUACAAUCACCACGAGGCAGUGUUCGCUCGUACAGUUCACCAGAUGUAUUGAGAAGAGAUCGGCGAUUUUCUGACGGUAGUCUUGUACCUCCAGAUGCAGAAGUGUAUGUGGAUCUUUUUCUUCAAGAAUCUACGCAAAGUUUAAGUGAAUCUGAUGAUACUGGAAGUACUAUUUCAACAGUGAUUGACAGAUUUGGAUCAUUUCCUGCAACCACUACCUCUAGCUUCUCUGGAAGUCUACCGUCAACUCCAACUUCAGUACAAAGACAGCUAGAUAUCUCUAAUAUAAAUAUUUAUGAGGAUGAUGAUGUUGUUCAUGGAAAAAGUCUUAACAAACCAAUACCGCUUCCACGAGAAGAAAAUAACAACAUUAUCAUGGAAGAAGUUAACCCUUUGUGUUUUCAAGACGCGCCUCUGAGCUAUGGAAAUGAAAGUACAAAGGUAAUUGUACCUGAUGAAAUCGACAUAAUUAGAGAAGAACCAAUCGUAUUGCAGGAAAAUAGGCAGGUUUCCAAGAAGCCUCCUGUGCCUCCUCGAUCAAGAGACACACACCUAUCGUCUCAAAAAAGUGAAAAGUGCCAAGAAAAUCUUCCACGGCUUGUAGAUUUUGUACCAAAAACGGCUAACGGUGUUAAAGAAGUUGAAAAUACUACAGAAAUUAUGAAAAUGUUCCUGGAGAACGAACGUUACAAACAAGAUUUUGAAUUUUUCGAUAAAGAACCUGAUAAUGAUAAAUAUAUCAAUGGUGUUGACUUAUACAGCUCAAAAUGGAGUUUAUCGUCUCAACUGGCAACCAUUGGAGAGGUGGAAGAAGAAGGAAGCUCUGACUGCAAUUUUAACAGGUCUUCGCCUCCUAAAACCACCCCGGUAGUAAUCGUGGAAAAUACUGAGAAGAGAGACGACACAAAUACACCUCACAGUCCAGAAACUACAAAAAAAGAAAUAUAUGGAACUAUGGAAACUCUUCCAAGUGACUCCAGACAGCCACCAGACGGACACGAGUUUCCUGAACAUGACGAAAGUCAAUUUAAGAAGGUCUCUAUUAAUGUCAAUCUAAUAAAUGACAGGUUUUUAUCAGCUGGGCGGGAAGAUUCUCCGAAACCGACCAACCGAUACUUCAUUCAAUCUACUUCAACUACUGAUCUUCGACCAAAAAUGUACGAAUCUACUGAAGACCUAAAGUACAGUGAUUUUCUUCCCGAGCCCACACCUCUGUAUACAAGAUCCCAGAGUUUAACAGACGUUUCCUCUUUAUCUAAAAAGAAUACAAAAUGGAACCAAAUGUAUGAGCAGAGAAGGAAAGGCCUUUCCAAACUGAAAGGUCUUGUAAUACCAGAAGCAGCAGAAAAUGAUUUAUCUCCAAGUGUCAAUUUACCAGAAAUUAAAAGUCAGACCCCAACGAUGUAUAUUCCUGUGCCAAAACUAGACAACUUUAGUAGCUCCGAAACAAUUUCGACCAGUGACGCUGAUCUCUUGCGAACUUCAAUAGUAAUACCAUCCUGGUCUCCAAGCACGCCUAGUAAUCUUCCGAAAUAUUCACCAGCGUUUAAGAGAAAAAGUCUGCAAGUGUAUCCUACAAGUAAAAGUGACAGUGACUACUCGAAUAACCUGGAUUUUCCUAUGAAAUAUUGUGAUAAAGUUAGCCCCAAGGGAAGUAAAGUUAGCGACGAUGACUUAAAUCCUCCCAAGUCACUGGAGAGCAUUUCCUCUCCAACUCGAUCCGACUGCAGUUUCGACUACAUAAGCUCUUCUAAAAAAUACAGCAAGAAUAACGGUGACAGUUUUCACAAACAAAGUGGAAGAAUGGAAGAUGAGAGCGACAACGAUUCAGCAGUAAGCUCCAGCCAAUCUAGUUACAAUUCAAGAUAUUCUCCUCCAUCAUCUCCAACUAGGUCUUGUGAGCUUAACCACUAUUCUAAAAAAUUGGAAGAAGAUGACAGAAGUGCUCAGAAUAGAUUGUUAAAACCUUCUAGUGUCGAAGCCAUCAACAGAAAAAAUAUCCUUGCAUCUGCGAAGUGCAGAAGUGGAAAAGACUUAAAAAUUGGCUCUCCAGUGAUACGAAGAAAACAGGAAGAGGCACAACAAGAAAGUGAAAAUCAUCUCCUUAAAAGUGAUGAACAAGAAUUUGCUUUGCCAGGACCUGUAGUGCUUCAAAAACCACCAAUUCCUGCUACUACUGUUGAUAGUAUUCGUGCACCAAAAGAAAUAUCUCAAGAAUUUGUAAAAACGAGUGAAACGAGUUCACAGAAAACAACGAACGAGCCCGUGAGACUACAGAGAGAACAAUUGGAUAAACGAAAUAACGGCACGACAACUAAAGUAGCAUCAACAAACAUAUUCCUAGCUCUGAAUUCUUCAAGCCUUAACCACGUACAAACGAAAUUACCAGAAGAAACGAGAAACGGCAAAUCCAAAGACUACCUUAGUACUAACUCGAAUUCAAGGAAACCAGGACCUAUUAAUGUAAAAGCACUAAAGAAAAACUUUGAAAAUAUGAAUUCUUCUCCCCCUGUAUCACCACAAAAAGUUCCUUUUUUUAAAUCUGCAGAGUCUAGAAGCAAUAGCAAAGUGAAUGACAUUAUAGAAGGCAAGACAACGUUGCCUAUUAGAAACGGUAUAGGUAAAAGUGUUGAAAAAUUAGACGUCUCCUUGCCACCAAAGUCUCAAGAAAAGAAAUCUUCAGAAGUCGAAACAAAGACUAUUACGCUCAAAACUGAUCCAUUUGGAACUAGUCUGGGUAUUACUUUGGCCGGUGGAGUUGACGAAAAUAAAGAUAUAACGGUACACCGUAUAAAGUAUUCUAGUAUAGCAUAUAUUGAUGGGCAGCUUAAGAAAGGAGACAAGAUUCUUUCCAUUAAUGGAAAGUCCACUAGUGAUUUAACGUAUCUGCAAGCUGUUGAACUGCUUAAGGAACCUGUUACUGAAUUUAAUAUUGUGAUUGAGGAAGGAGAAAAUCUAGUGCCAUCCCCUGUUAGUAGUAGUAGUAGUUUGUUACAAAGAAGAUCAUCUUCAAUGUCUUCUGUGCUCUCAAGGACUAAAUCUCCUUCAUUAGAAGUAUUAGAAGAAAAAGAGGCAAACAAUGUAAUAAGUUUAAUAAAGGAUGGAGCCGGUUUAGGAUUUAGUAUUGAAGGUGGAAGAGAUUCGCCACAAGGAAAUGUGCCAUUAUUGGUUAAGAAGAUAUUUACAGGAGGAGCAGCUGAAAAAGCAGGUAAACUAAACGUGGGUGAUGAAAUUAUACAAAUCAAUGAUAUCAAGUUCACAUUACUAACAAGAAUCGAAGCUUGGAACAUUAUGAAGAAGAUUCCAGACGGCAAAGUUGAUAUACAUAUUUUCAGAUAAAUUUCAUAUUUUCAGAUAAUCAUUUAUUAUAAACUGUUAGUGUUUUGAUAGUGUUCUACGGAAAUGCAUAAUUAAAUUAACUUUCUCCUUUUAACAGGAUCAAUUAUAUACGGGGGUCGGCACAAGUCAGGCAACGCUCUCUAAAAAUCGGCAUAAGUCCGGCAAGGAUCAUAAGUCUGGCAAAGCUGUCGAAAGAGAUUAAAUCGAAGCAUGUUCGUGCUUCAGACAGUUGUGUGGGUGUCAUGAUAGUACGUAAGCGUCGAGCUAAGUGGAAUGUGUGCGGGAGUACCUUAAUGUUCAUUUUGGAGAAUGGAUAGGCAGACGAGGAAUCCUUGAGUGGCCCACACGGUCAUCUGACCUGACACCCUGUGAUUUCUUCCUAUAGGGCUUUUCCAAGAAACGCGUUUUCGCAAGAGGACUACGCGCCCUUCCCGACCUCCGAACUGCAGUUGAAGAAGAAUUUGAAAAUCUUCGCUGACAGCUUGACGUACCUACUUCGCCGGACGCAUAUUUACAGAUGCUCCUAUCGACGGCACCAGAGUGCUGAAAUCGGUUAGCCUUUGAUAUUCACUAUUAUGCUAUAAACCCUCAUUGAUUUCGGCACCUAUUAAAUUAUAAGGCAUCUAUUCAAUUUUGGUGUCUAAAUUUUUAGUGCAAUUAAUAUUAUUGUAAGGAUUGUAUAUUUAUAUUUUAAUUUAUUGCUUGAAAAAAACUAAUAGAAAUGUAUUUUCUUUCCUGAAAAAUGUCUUUGGCAGAGCCAAUUAGCCAGACUUGUUUCUGAUUGAUUGCAGAUUCAUAGUCACAAAUUUCUUAUUUCAUAACAUAAGUAUACUACAAUAUUAUUUUUAUAGAUACAUAGGUAGAUUUUGUUGCUUUACUUUUAUUUUUUUAUAGAAAUGUUGAAAUUUUUAAUAGAAAUGUCUAAACUGCAAUAAACCUAGCAUAUUUAAGAAUGUGUUUUUUGACCCUAACCCGAGAAACAAACAAAACAAAAAUUAUAAAAAAAACGCCAUUGAAUAAAAAAGAAAUAAAUAUUUUUAUUUUUAUUUAUUUAUAGGUACAGAUGUAAUUACUCGUAUACAGUGCGUCCAUAAAGUAUCGCAUAAAUUCAUUAUUAGGUAAAUAAACAACAUUAUUAGAAUUUCCGAAAUAGGUCGAGUUUUGAUUUUAAUUUAUGGUAUUUGGCAUAUUUAGGCAUAUUAUAUCAUACUAGUGACGUAAUCGAUGAUUUUUUAAAGGAUAAUAGGGGUCGCGGCUAGCUCAUUUGAAAGGAAAUUCAAUUCUCUAUUUAAUAAUAUAAACAUUAACAUAAUUAUUUAUACAGGGUGUCCAAAAACAAUUUUUUAAUUAAAUUGAUUGACACAAAAAGAAGACUGUGUAGUUUAUUUAACUCAAAAUACAUUUUACUGCUGUCAUAAAACAAGAAUAAAACAUUUAUUUCAAAUAUAAACAUUACUUUUUGCUUAAAUUCAAUGUUUAAGCUGCCACCCACCUGCCCCUUGACAGUUUGAACAUUUAAUUUAAGCGAAAAGCAAAUUAUUACAUUUAUAUUACAUUUUUAUUUGGCAAAUGAACAAUGGUUUUCGCUUAAAUUAAAUGUUCAAACUGUCAAAAGGCAGGUGGGUGGCAGAUUAAACAUUGAAUUUAAGCCAAAAGUAAUGUUUAUAUUUGAAAUAAAUAUUUUAUUUCUGUUUUCUGACAGCAGUAAAAUGUAUUUUGAAUUAAAUAAACUACGCAAAGUCUUCUUUUUCUGCCAAUCAAUUUAAUUUAAAAAAUGUUUUUGGACACCCUGUAUAAAUAAUUAUGUUAAUAUUUAUAUUACUGAAUAGAGAAUUGAAUUGCCUUUCAAAUGAGCCAUCACACGAUCCCUAUUCUUUUUAAAAAAAUCAUCGAUUACGUCAUCACCUCCAGACGGAUGAUGUCACUAAUAGGAUAUAUAUGCUAAAAAAUUAUAAAUUAAAAUAAAAAAUCGACCUGUUUCAGUAAUUUCUAAUAAUGUUGUUUAUUUAGUUAAUAAUUAAUUUAUGCCUUACUUUAUGGACGCACUGUAUACGAGUAAUUAUAUCUGUACUUAUAAAUAAAUAAAAAUAAAAAAUAUUUAUUUGUUUUUUAUUCAUUGGAGUUUUUGUUUUAUUUGUUUCUCGGGUUAGGGUCAAAAAACACAUUCUUAAGUACCUACGCUAGGUUUAUUGCAGUUUCGACAUUUCUAUUGGAAUACAAUAAAUUGAAAUAUACAAUAUUUACAAUAAUAUUAAGUGCAAUAAAAACUUCGACACCAUAAUUUAAUAAAUGUCUUAUAAUUUAAUAGGUGCCUAGCGGCAGUUUCACAUAGCAGUUCACUGUUAUCACAGCGACUGUUAGGUAGGCGUGGUUUGACUGUCACCUUUUCUUCGUUGUGAAUCAUACCACUUCGAUCGCAGUAGAUUGUUAUAAGAAUUACUGCGAUAAGUAGAAAUAAUUCUAGUUUUGCUAUCGCAGUUACUAAUUUAUAAAAUAAAAAUGGCGAAAUCUGGCGAAAGCACAUUACGUUCUCGGACGAAAAAAAUGUUUUUAUUCAUUUAAGAGAAAGGAUGCAAUUGCAAAAAUUGCGGAAAAGGUGCGUAUAGAUUAUAGAUAAAGAAACCAUAAAAAAGAAGGUAGCAUCCAUAAGAGCAACGUAUCUACUAGAAAAAAAGAAAAUUCAUGAUAUCCAACCAACAGGAAUGAGCACAGAUGAUUAUUUACUGUCCAACAGUGCCAUGGUUUUAAUGGUUCUGUUAAUAAAUUAUUUUCCAUGUCAAAGGCAGGUCUGUUUAAUAACGGUGUGUUCACCCAAUAUCUUUUUUACUGUAUGUUCGUUUCUCCACCAAGGGUAGUUUUUUUCCAUAAUAUUUUUUUUCUUCAAUAGUAAUAAAUAAGUUGUUACACCAUCUACACCUUUUUUUAUUCGGCGUUAUCUUUAAAAACUGACUAUUUCAUUUGGACAUACGGGUAGUGAAUCAGUAGGUAGCAGUAAAAUUCAUCGCAGUAGAUAUAUCCCCACCGCUAAAAUCCGCUGCGAUAACAGUGAACUGCUAUGUGAAACUGCCGCUUAAUCAAUGAGGGUUUAUAACGUAAUAGUGUAUUUCAAAGGCUAACCGAUUUCAGUACUCUGGUGCCGUAGUAUAAGAGUAUUUGUAAAUAUGCUCGCCGGACGUGUCUCUCCGCUGCGAAACGUUGCAAUAAAUACAUUAAUCAAGAUGGGUAUCAAUUUUAACACUUACAGCUUACAGUAAACUUUUUUCGAAACCCUUUUGUUAUUUUUUUGAAAAAAUUCAUUUUGACGCUACAUUUUUUUUUUCUUAAUGCAAAUUUGUUGCCUGACUUAUGCCGAUCUCUGUAUAAUAAAUCAAAUUUAAUAAUAUAAAUUAAAUUCUCUAUUUAAUUUGUUCAAUCUGUAGAUAUGCCUAUGUACUUAUCUUAACUUAUAAUGCCUUUAAAUAUAUCGGUUCUGAACUAUAAAACAUCAAACAACUAGUCAAUUUCAGUAGAUCAAUAUAAUAAAUCCGAUCUUUCAGAAGUUUCAUUAGUUCACUUUUUCUUUGAAUGAAUAAAGUUUACAUGUUUUCUAGAUACCGCUUUUGUGUAGCUACGUGUUUUAACAUGUUGAGUUAUUUGCGCUAUAUGAAGAGAUACAAACAUAUUACAUAACCGAAUAUCGGUUAGAUGUUUAACCUAAAAAGAAUUUUGCAUUUUCUGAAAUAUUGUCUGUAACAAACACACUAAGUCUUGCCAAAUUAUAUAAACUGUAUAUACUUACUAAACUUUUUACUCAUAUCUUACCCAUUAUUAUCGUUAUAAUUUUAUAUAUAUUUUAUAUAAAUGCUUUGUGUAAUUAAUUAUUUAUAUGUAUUUAUAAUGUACAUAUAUUCAUUUAAUAAAUAUUUUUAUUAUAAA